AUGGCCGCCUACGAUGAGCAGUAUUCCGACCCCGGGGUUAAGGAAUACCCCUCUGAUAACGAUAACCUCGGGGGAUCCGAGGAUACAGCUUUCGAUCCAUCUUCCCUUCCCAACGCCGUUAAAGCGCGAAGGGAUGAAUAUACCCGCCAUCGAACCCUCCAUGUGAAGGUUGGCACGUGGAACGUGGCUGCCAUUUCUGGCACGGAAAAAGACAUCGGGAAGUGGUUUGUGCAACAAAAGGGAGUAUGUGGGCAAUUCUCCGGGUCGUCCAUUUCGGGUUCUCAGGCAGACUCGGCGUCUAAAACCACGAGCUCCGGAGGUGCCCCUCUGCUCCCUGAGCUUCCACCAGACGAAAUUGGCCUGUACGUCCUAGGGCUACAAGAGAUCGUUGAUGUCUCAUCACCUGCGGAGGCAUUGAGACCCUACGUGGAUCCUGCUCCGGCAAACCGCUGGAAGGCGGCUCUUGAGGAUACUCUGCCUGUGGGCUAUAAGCUGGUGGCGGAAAUUCAGCUGAUUGGAUUAUUGCAACUGGUUUACGCCGCCCCGUUCAUUGCCGAUAGCGUGUCUGCCGUCAGCUGUUCUAGUGUAGGUACGGGCCUGCUUGGCUACGUGGGUAAUAAAGGUGCCGUGGUGACCCGUCUGCUUCUCGGUGAGACUACCUGUAUAGUAUUCGUCAACUGUCACCUAGCGGCGGGAUCGGACAAAACCAGCUUAGACCGACGAAAUUGGGACGCCUCGCAGAUCGUCGGUCGUACAAAGUUUGAUUCGAUCGAUUCUGAAUACACACUUCGCAAAACGCCUUCCGAAAGCAUUGGAGACGAGGAUUACGCAUUCUGGUUUGGUGAUCUAAAUUAUCGUCUUGAGGAUAUUCCUGGUGAUGAUGUCCGGCAAGUCCUUGCUCGACACACGGAAAACGAGUACGAUAAAAGACACGGAGCUUUACUUGAAGUAAAUGGCACGCCGUCUUCACCGCGUGUAAUCGUCGGUGAGGACGCAGGGCGGCAGUCACCCGUUUCAGAUACCAGCCCAAGCGAGACGCAAUCGCUCGACUCUGAUGAAGAUUUGGAUCCUCACCAGGAUCCAGCCUCUCUCCAAACAACAAUAUCAUCACUAUUUCCGCAUGACCAGCUGCGCAUACAACAAAAUAAACAGAAAGCCUUUCAUGAGGGCUGGCGUGAGGGCCAUAUUUCGUUCUUGCCUACAUACAAAUAUGAUAUAGGCAGCUUGGCGAGGUUUGACUCGAGUGAGAAGCAUAGAGGACCUAGUUGGUGUGACCGCAUUCUUUACAGAUCGCGCAGGGACAAGUUAAGGUAUGAGCGCCUGGUCAAGGAAUCUACUGAGGCUAGAAAAAGGGACGAAGAGAUGAAAGCAAGAGGUCUCGAAAGCGCCGCGGCCGAUGACAACGUUUUAUUCGACUACGACCCCGACGCUGAUGGUGCGGAUAGCGGUGAUGAAUAUGAUCCAAACGAAGACCAAACUAAUGAAGGUGCUUCACCUGAUAUAUCACCAGAAGCGGACAACUCCAUACAAUUAGAGUAUUAUAUGUCCCAUCAAGGCGUCCUCUCCUCAGACCACAAACCUCUAGUUGCUGGGUUUAAACUGGAGUUGGACUGUGUGGAACCAAGGCUCAAAGCCCAAGUGCACCAAGAAGUUGUGCGGGAGUUAGACAAAGCCGAAAACGAAUCACGACCCGGCCUGACAGUCGUGGUGGACAAUCCCACCCGUGAGCCCUCCGGGUCAGACAUGGAUCCGAACUCUGUAGAUUUUGGAGAUAUAUCUUUCGACAGCCCUGUCAGCCGAUCUUUGACUGUUGCCAACACCAGUGGUGUAUCGGCGACAUUUUCUUUUCAAAAACCAGAACGUGCUGAGGAUUCCGGGACACCAUGGCUGGAAUACAGAGUUGGGAAGCAACACCACGAGCCACCUGGCGACGAGGGCCAGCCAGCGUCAGCAGACGAAUGUACACUCUUGCCCGGGGAGCUCGCUAUUAUUGAAAUCACGAUUUGUGUCCGAGAUAUCCCAUUUGUUCGCCUGCUUAACGAUGGCCAAGUGAAGCUUGAAGAAGUUCUGGUUCUUCAGGUGAAAGAUGGUAGAGACCAUUUUAUCUCUGCAUAUGGGAAGUGGAUGCCCACGGCUUUUGGUCGUAGCCUGGAGGAGCUUACUCGGAUACCCGAGGCUGGCGCACGGAGUCUGACUACCUCUUCAUCGACAAAGAGCAGCGAAGAUCAAUCAGCAGUUCCGGUAUCAGCUCCCAGAGAGCUUUUCAAGCUAACAGAAGCAAUCUCAGAGCUUGCGGAACGCGCCGUUGCCGAGUGGGGCAUGGUGAAAGGGGAAUCCGACGACAAGGCGCCGUGGGAGAGGGAACCGCAUGGAUCUACAUGGCCAUUUGAACCUGGAACGUGGACGCUCAAAGACAAGGAAGAGCGCGCACAGCUCUUAGCCCUAGCUCGAGGAGCUUUGGACACCAACCAAGCUUUUAGCCAGGUUUUCGCCCCUGAAGUGUCUUCGUUAAACCGUCUCGAAAUCCUAGGCGAGAUUCUUGUUACGUUUCUGCGCUCUCUGAAAGACGGGAUCAUUCCAGCCCCUGUCUGGCAAAAUUUAGAUCAACAAAUCCAAGCACGAGAGAAGGCAAAACAACCUCCCCUCCCCUGGGAGGACUCACAGGCUUGGGUGCUUGAGAGCCUUGCCUGGUCCCCAGCCCACAGCGUCUCUUUCACAUUUGUGACAUUUAUGCUCGCGCGAAUUGCCAACGAGAUUGCACCUAUGCCCACCAAGAAACCUCUUCGUGGUCUUGAAGAAUCGGCUCCCAAAGAGAACGCGAAGCCUCAUACAGACCAAACCAAAGACGAUCAACCAUCAACCCGUUCCCCAGUAUCCCGAGCGUCAUUCGUCUCGACUGGUAGCUUCCGGCGGAAGCCAACCAUUUCUACACCACCUACUCCACAAGACUCGGCCAUCAACGCAAUGGCACAGCGACGACUGACUGUCGAGAGUGCUCUGGCUGGUUUCUUCUCCACCGUCGUAAUAGCGUCGGACGUUCCUAUACCCUCGAAGGAUAAAGAGAAGCGAGUCCAGGAGGAAAGGAAACGCAGCAUUAUUGAACCAUUUCUGAAGCCCAUCGGAGUGGACUAUCAUGGUCCUUCAGGUGGUGCACCGUGA